UUUUGUUUUCAGUUAAUUAGAAAAUUCUUCUCUAGAGGAAAUCACGACCGUCGUCAAAACAAGAGAUAUGAUAUCUUCUUUGCCUUAUUUUACCCAGAUACUCAUUUUAUUUUUCUUCACCAUCUGUAGUUUAAAUAUGGAAUUCGAGGAGAAUUCAGAUCGGUUUCGUGUGUUCGGAGGAAUUCAUAUUAAAUAUGUCGCCUCGAUUUGUGCAGUUUUUGGAGUUUUUGCAACGAUAGGUGUUUUCUUAUUUGGUUUAUGGAUAUUUCCAUGGCAUUUAUACGAAGAUUCAGUUAAUACAACAGCAAAAAUUGCAUUUAUCUGCUUCCUGGUCGGUGGCUGCAGUUCACACGGUCUCAUCCUUUAUUCCCUGUAUUCUACUAGACUUCAAACUCAGUGGUUAAUGCCUGCUUUCGCAUAUCAUUUGUUUAUCGCUGUGCUCAACGCCAUCACCAGCCUAAUUGCCGUGGGGGAGUUGUUUUCGGAGGGUAAUAUCUCACAUCGAGACGCUGCUAUGGCGAAGAUUGUGCUCGUUGUUUGUCCAACAAUUUUCAUGAUUCAAAUGAUUGGAUUCUAUGUUGUCAUUAAGUGUAGGACGUACAUUCAAUGCAAGAGAAGACAUGUUAGAAAUGGAGAACCACCGAGAAUUCGUGAAGUCAUAAUGAUAAAUAACAAAGUCUCAAUCAUGGAACUUUCAUUUGAUCAGUUUAACGAAACGAUGUAUUCACCUGCUUAAACAACUCUAUCGAGGAACAAAAAUCAGCCAAGUUUUUCGUGUGAUAUUUGAAUGUGAUAAUAUUAACUAUUCGAGAAAUUUGCCAACUAAUUAUAAUAUAUCACUUUUUGACAUUUUAUCAUUUAUCGAUAAAUAUCUAGAAAUCUAAAAAA